CCUAUGUAGCCGAGCGAGUCAAUCAAGCAUGGAUAGUGGGCGUCGGCGGUCGAAGUGUGGCUUUAUUUUACUAAAAAAAAUGAAAUAUCGGCGAAAUGUAACACGGGCGACAGGACUGUUUCGUGCUUAGUAGGGUGCAGGUCGAACAUAAUGAAGCACCUCCGAGUACAAAUAAAUGUGUGUCCCAUCUUCGACGCGCUGCGCCGACCGUCCUCCUGUGCCUCUUCCUCUGGCUUCGACGCCCAGCCUGGCACCUCGGUGACUGCAUUGCAGUCCGAAUCCGACAAUUUACAACCUGCUAGCCAGGCUCCGCGAUGUGCUCAGCGUACUCCGUUCCCCGUAGCGGCAAUGGGGAAGAUGUCGGUGCCACAGACGGAAGAGUGCCACAGAAAGGUCACUGCACACAUAGUCAAAAGACUGCAUCCCUUUUCAGAGGUGGAAUCUCCAACAUUUAGGGAUAUGGUGAAAACUCUCAACCCAAAAUACAUACCACCUUCCAGGGACUACCUGUCAAACACAUUGAUCCCGGCAUGGUACAAGAAGAAUCGGAAUCGAGAAUUGUCAGGAAUCGGAAUCGAAACAAAGAAUCGGAAUCGGAAUCGUUCGAAUUAAAACGAUACCCAACCCUAAUUUUGAUUCAAUAUCAUGUUUUGAGCAAUGACAGUUUGAAAGAAAAAAAAACAGCUUUGUUUUAUUAGUCAACAUUGCAACUUUUUCUAAAUUAAAUUUCACCUUUAAGCUUUUUUAUUUCAGUUUUGUAAUGUUUUUGUUUAUUUUAAUAGUAUUUUUAGAAUGUGCCGUGGGCCUUUAAAACAUUAGCUGUGGGCCGCAAAUGGUAAAAAAAAAAAAAAAAUCUGCUUCCUUUCUGAUUUCAAUGCGUUAAAAAGACACAAAAAGUGCGUUAACGCCAACACUGCUUGACAGUAUAACAAAAUAAGUCACACUUAUAUUCUGUAACAUUCAAAAUUUUGGAAAAAAGUGCAGAGGUAGAAAUAUUCAAAAAAACCUCUCAAUUUUAAUUUCCCCACUGAGAUUAAUAAAGUAUUUCUGAUUCUGAUUGUAUAUGUAAUGUAAACAUAAAUAAAGCCUCAAAACAAGUUAAUUAAAUUCAAACAAAAAACAGCAGACUAGCUCUCGCUUAUAUUGUAGGUCCCGGAAGAGUUAGUGUUGCAAGGGGUUCUGGUAUUUGUUCUGUUGUGUUUAUGUUGUGUUACGGUGCGGAUGUUCUCCCGAAAUGUGUUUGUCUGGGCUACUGGCUGCAAAGCUUUGCACUUUCAAAUACAACAAUGAGUAGAGAGGAGUGUUAUGUGUGUA